CUAAAGCUAGAGCCUAUUGACGAUCCUUCCUCUGAGUCGAAUCCUGAGCUUUUUUUAACACAGCAUGUUGACUUUGAUUGGAGAAUAGAUUUCGACUCCAAAACUGUUAACGGCUGUGUUAAACUCCACUUGAUGCCAAUGGAUUUUUAUGCACAAUGUCGGGACACUUUGUUAUUUCCUUCUACAUGUGAUUUCUCUAGUUUCGUCGUGACCAUAGAAUAUUGCACUAUGCCGCAGUCUUCUGCACUUCAUUGGCUGGAUGCUCAGAUGACCUCGGACAAAAAGCACCCCUUUCUAUUUACCCAAUGCCAGGCAAUCCAUGCGCGCAGCCUCUUUCCGUGCCAAGAUACGCCUCGUGUGAAAUUCACCUUUAGUGCUAGUGUGCUUGCCCCCCGGGAAGUGACGGUGCUGAUGGGAGCGCAGCGUUCGACACCCUCACAAAAGCCGUCUAUCCACUACUUCUCCCAGGACAUCCCUAUUCCCAGCUACCUUGUAGCUCUAGCUUGUGGAGAGCUGGAACGUAUUGGACAGCGAUCGUUUGUGUGGGCGGAGCCGAGUGUGCUGCCAUGGGCAAAAGCUGAGUUUGAAGGAGUCGAUGAUAUGAUUGCGGUAGCAGAGAGUCUAUGCGGCACCUACGAGUGGGGCAUCUACGACAUCCUCGUCCUCCCACCCAGUUUUCCAUAUGGAGGCAUGGAAAAUCCCUGCCUCACCUUCGUCACUCCCUGCCUCCUUGCUGGGGAUAGGUCGCUUACAUCAGUUAUCGCCCACGAAAUUGCACACUCAUGGACAGGCAAUUUAGUGACCAACGCCAAUUGGGAACACUUCUGGCUGAACGAGGGUCACACCACCUAUGUUGAGGGUCUCAUCUUGGAGCGCCUCUAUGGCACAGACUAUCGAGAGCUAUUCAUCGAACUAGGCUACGAGGAGCUGCUCGUUUGUGUGAAAUAUAAGGAGGGGCAUCCACUUGCAAAGAUGGUGCCAUGCCUGAAGGGCAUUAACAUGGAUGACGCCUUCUCCAUUGUGCCUUAUCAAAAGGGGUCGCUUUUUCUAUACUUCUUGGAGAAUAAGUAUGGCAAAGGUGAGUUUGAUUCUGCCAUACUUUCCUGGUUGAAAUCGUAUAUAUCGCAUUUCCGUCGACACUCUGUCAGCACGCGAGUGUGGAUGGAAUUCCUGGCAGCUCAUCUUGGGAAAAAUGUUCUCCAGGAGAUAGAUUGGAACGCCUGGCUUUAUCGAGCCGGCCCGAUCCCCUGGGUGCCUAAACUAUCAACGGUCGUGGAUAAGGUGGCCGAACGAAUAAAGAGCACCCCUUUGGGUAGUGAUGCCGAAUCAGCGGCCUACGUGCGUGGUCAGUAUGAGACAAUGCUGCCGCUUCAGCGUCAGUUACUCUGGCGACGUCUGCUUAAAUGCGUACCUCUUGCGCAUGACAAUCUCCUAGUUCUCAACAAUAUGCUCGCAUUGUCUACUUCCAAGAACGCCGAAAUCCGUUUUUUGUUAGUCUCGAAUCUAUUUUUAUCCUUUAAGUUGAGUAAAACGACUAUAUGCCACGCUCUAAGGUUCCUCAACAGUCAAGGACGAAUAAAAUACACAAGACCACUUUAUAAAGCGUUGGUGGCCUGGCCGUCCAUUAAACAACAAGCGAUAAACAACUAUAAGGCGAACAAACAAUAUAUGCACCCCACGAUCGCGAAACUGGUAGAGAAGGACAUCGAGCUCAGUCAAUAG